UAUACAUUUAGUAGGUUUAUCAAUAUGAAAUGCUUGAAAUUAUUGUUCCUUCUUUGUUUGAUGAUUUCACAAUACAAUUUAUCACAUCAAAAACCGCUAACAAGUGCCGUGAUGAAACACGCCUUGUUUCAUAGAAGCGACUUUCCUUUCAGUGACCUUACUUUUGAUACAAAAGCAAGGGCGGUUUUCAACCCCAAUUGUACAGAUUCAAAGUCUUGCCUUCAACGUUGCCAACAUGGGAAAGUAUGGACGCUGCAAUCAGGUUGUUGUAGUUGUACAUGUAGAAAAGGUUAUAUAUUAUCAACCAAUGAAAAGUCGUGUACAAGAGCAAUGUUCGGUGAUUGGUCAACUUGGAGUUCAUGCAUUGUAUCCGAGUGGGGCGGGGUGCAACAUAGAGGACGACUUUGUAAAACCAAGUUAGGGAGAUCGGCAAAUAAUAGAUGUGUGGGUGCUGGUAGCCAAUCAAGAUCAUGUUCAAAAGUUACCAGGGAUUUUCGAAUUCGUAAAAACCUUUUGGAUUUGACCGAUGAAGAACUUCAUGAUUUUAUUCAAGGAUUCACUAAAUUUAAACAAGAUCAUUCGCUCUUUGGGUACCUUAACAUAGCUAAGUGGCAUGGGUGGCCUAAUAGAUGUCCAUGGUAUAAACAUCGUAUUGAAGAACAUAAAAAUGGACACUGUAGCUGGCAUAACCACCCUAUGUUUCUACCAUGGCAUAGACUAAUCAUGGUGCAGUUAGAACUUGUGACCACUCGGUUGAAGAAAUUGCAGUUAAGUGUUUUGCCCAAGGACACACACGCACACAAUGAAAGCAACGACAAGCUGCUGUGCUACAGCGCCGGACUACUUAAACUGAAAAUUUUCACAAGCUUAUCUCGUCACAUGAAAAACAAAACGCUUGGAAUUCCUUACUGGGAUUGGACGGAUCCUACUUACAAAGGAAUUCCAGAUUUAGUGAAAAACCCAACCAUUUAUGAUCCCAUAUUAAAGGAAUAUGUUCCAAAUCCAUUUUAUAGAACUUACGUACCAAGUCACCCCCUGGUUAACAAUCAAACAUUAUACAACUACCGGGCAGUUGAAAGAGCUGGCUUCCUUCGUCACAACCUGAUGCUCAAGAAUAUAAUUCAAGCUGUUAACAUGCCGAAUUAUGAAUUUUUUGACAUGACUGAAAUUGAUGCUCACGGCCAGGUCCACAACUGCAUGUGCGUGUCUAAAGGUGGCAACUGUACCUACAGCAUGUUGAAAACUGCAUACUCUUGCUUUGAUUCCGCAUUUUUCUUGCACCACAGCCAAAUAGAUAGGGUGUAUGCUUUGUAUCAAAAACUAAGACAUGUUUUAGGAACACAAGAUUGGACGAAAGAAAGUUUUUUGGAUGCGUACAAGCGGGAACAUUUUUUUGAUUUCUUUAACCGUCCAGAUGUUUCUGGGUCAUGGGAUUGGCCGAUGUCCCCGUUUUGUAACGCUUCAAUGAACCCAAGUUACGUCACAUUAAACGAAAACUCGUGGACCGUUGCAAACUCUUAUUAUUACCAAGAAUUGUUUGGGUAUAAGUACGACUCGUUUGAUUUCGCUAGAAGAGAUUGGAAACUUCUUCUUAAAGAUUUAAAGCAGAGCUACGAAAGUAAAUACUACGGGAAGGUCGUUCCUUAUUUUUCGCACUUGGGAAAGGACCUGGGUGAAAUAUCUCAUCAAUCGAUUUUCUUUACCGGUGACUGCACAGUUUAAGCAAAUGCCCCUUAUAUUCUGCUGAUUCUAUCAUCAAAAUAUAUUGUUUAUUAACUGGAAAAUCUCACUGUAUUUAGCAUAUAGUACAUAGUAAUGGGG